AUGCUCGCUAAAGACAGUGCAGUCCAAUCCGAAAUGGAUUGGGCGACUGAUGGAGGUGAGGUUUGCCGGGUUUCUGACAAGACUGCUAAAAGAGCCAAAAGAAAGGCUGCUCGUGAGAAGGUGCGAGCUGAGGAGGUCUCCCAGCGGACGCCGCGACUUGCUCGGGUUCGGGGGAGCGUGGAUACUUCCUCUCAGCCGGAGGUUGGAUCGCGAGUCGUUGGCGACAGAGGGGGCCUCUCGGCUGAUGGAGCGACUAUAGAGUCCGGCUCGGCCCGUCCUCGACUUCGCACUAGAAGGAUUCCUAGAACGGCUGCGAUCAGCAUCAGAUGUUUGAGUGACGGUCUUUCAUAUGCGGAAGCGCUCAGGAGAGCUAGAGAGCAAAUCCAACUAGACGGAAUCGGCAUCGAGAGCACCCGGAUUCGUUGGGCCGCCAAUGGGUCUGUUCUGGUGGAGGUAGCUAGCACCAACCGCUCCGAGAAGGCUGAUGUGCUAGCUGCAAAAUUGAGGGAGGUCUUACAUGACGAAGCAGUUAUCACUAGACCUGUUGCUAGGGGUGAAUUAAGGAUGUGGGGCCUUGAUGACUCCGUUUACCCCGAUGAAGUGGCAUCUGUGGUGGCUGAAAAGAGGGAGUGCUUACCCACACAGAUUAAGGUUGGUUUCAUUAGAAAGAUGGCUAAUGGGCUGGGCUCUGUUUGGAUCCAGUGUCCGCUCUCUGCGGCGAUGAAAGUGGCCUCAUUGGGCAGGAUCCGCAUUGGUUGGACGAUAGCGCGAACAGAGCUUCUACAAGCAAGACCGGUGCAAUGUUUCCGGUGCUGGAGCUUCGGACAUGUGAGACACGCCUGUAAAGCCGAGGUGGAUAGAUCCCAUGCCUGCUUUCGUUGUGGGGGUGAGGGCCAUCUUGUCCGUGAUUGUGUGGCGGAACCUCGUUGUAUAGUUUGCGAGGCGGAGGGUCACGUAUCCAAACAUCGGAUGGGUACUACGGGUUAUGGAGCUGCAGCUGCCAGCAGGGGAAGGACGGGAUCUACGGCUGGGCCGAGUCGGAAGGUUUACCCUAACUUGACAUCAUGGGUCUUAGGUUUGUUCAGGUGA